AAGAUAAGUUUGGUCCAUUUUAAAAUUAUGAAGAAGAGUGAAUAUGAGUACCAGAAAAAUAAGAAAAGGACUUGCAAUGGAUAGGGAAAAGGAAGUUUUGAAAGAUCUAAACGCAUGAGGAUCAUAUAAGGGUUCCAUACAUAGUGAUUGUUUUGGUGAAAGUGCGAGGAGACACCUUUGUGCUCUUCAAGUUCAAUUUCACUUAAAGCUUUUAGCAUCUCCGAAUAUAGGACAGGAAAAUUCAACAUGAAAAAGGUUUGGCUUCUUGUUCUCGUGAUGUUCUACCAUGGCUUUCCUUCAGAAGGAAUCAACAAUGUUUCUACAAGACCACGCACCGUUAACAUAGGGGCACUUAUGUCCUUCAAUUCAACCGUUGGCAGAGUGGCUAAAGUUGCCAUAGAAGCUGCAGUGGAUGAUAUAAACUCCAAUGCCACGAUUCUGAAUGGAAUUAAGCUUAAUAUUUCAAUGUUGGACACCAAAUUAUCCUCUGGAUUCCUAGGAAUUAUUGACUCAUUAAGAUUGAUGGAGAGUGACACUGUGGCUAUAAUUGGUCCUCAGUAUUCAGUCAUGGCUCAUGUGAUUUCUCACAUAGCAAACGAGAUGCAAGUGCCUCUACUUUCAUUUGCAGCAACAGAUCCAACACUGACUUCACUACAGUUCCCAUAUUUUGUGAGAACAACACAGAGUGAUCUGUGUCAGAUGGCUGCUGUGGCAGAAAUUGUUGAUCACUUUCAAUGGAGAGAUGUCAUAGCCAUCUACGUUGAUGAUGAUCAUGGAAGAAAUGGGGUGGCUGCACUAGGGGAUAAGCUAGCAGAGAAACGUGGUAAAAUAUUACAUAAAUCACCAUUUAGGCCUAAUAACUUUACCCCGGAAGAAAUAAACAGUGCAUUAGUUAAGAUAGCUUUGAUGGAAUCAAGGGUAAUAGUUCUUCACAUAUAUCCUUCUUUUGGUCUAGAAGUACUUCAUGCAGCUCAGUCACUUGGCAUGAUGGGAAGUGGCUAUGUGUGGAUAGCCACAGAUUGGCUUUCUACAGUGCUGGAUUCAGAUCCAUCAUUGUUCACAACUCGAGCCAUGAAUGACAUCCAAGGUAUUAUCACCUUGCGCAUGUAUACCCCAGACUCAGAAAUCAAAAGAAAGUUUAGUUCUAGGUGGAACAAACUGAGCCAAGGAAAGGACUCUCAUAAGGGUCCUUUUGCAUUGAACACCUUUGGCCUUUACGCCUAUGACACUGUUUGGGUGCUUGCUUCAGCACUCGAUGCAUUUUUUAGGAGUGGGGGAACUGUGUCAUUUUCAAAUGAUUCAAGUCUAAACAUGUUGAGAGGGGACACCCUUCACAUGAAUACUAUGGGGGUGUUUGUUGGUGGUGAAUCGUUGCGUCAAAAAAUUUUAGAAGUGAAUAGAAGUGGUUUAACAGGCCAAAUGGAGUUUAGUGCAGAUGGAAACUUGGUUAAUCCAUCAUAUGAAAUAAUUAAUGUGAUAGGCACUGGAAUUAGGAGGAUUGGUUAUUGGUCUGAAGCCUCUGGUCUCCACACUGGUGGUGAAGCUCCUAAUCAUUCCUAUUCUAGUGUAGGACUAUAUGGUGUCAUUUGGCCUGGUCAAACAACUCAAACCCCACGUGGUUGGGUUUUUGCAAGCAAUGGAAGACACUUGAGAAUAGGGGUGCCACUUAGAAUUAGUAACCCUGAGAUUCUGUCAAGAAUUGAGGGAACAACUGAGAUGUUUAGAGGUUAUAGCAUCGAUGUGUUUACUGCUGCGUUGAACUUGUUGCCUUAUCCUGUUCCCUACAAGUUUGUUCCAUUUGGAGAUGGUAAAACCAACCCACUAAAUACAAAACUUCUCAACAAGAUCACAAUUGGAGAGUUCGAUGCUGUUGUGGGGGACAUUACCAUUACCACAAACCGAACUAAGAUAGUGGAUUUUACACAGCCAUAUAUUGAGUCUGGGCUAGUUGUUGUGGCACCAAUUAGGAAAAUGAAAUCCAGUGCUUGGGCUUUUCUGAGACCAUUCUCUCCAAUGAUGUGGUUUGUGACAGGAAUGUUUUUCUUAGUUGUGGGAGCUGUUGUGUGGGUUUUAGAACGUCGCUUAAAUGAUGAAUUUAGAGGCCCAGCAAGAAGGCAGUUUGUGACCAUUAUAUGGUUUAGCUUUUCAACCCUGUUUUUUUCACAUAGAGAGAAAACUGUGAGCACCCUUGGUCGGUUGGUGCUAAUGAUAUGGCUGUUUGUGGUAUUGAUAGUGAACUCAAGCUAUAUUGCAAGCUUGACCUCGAUCCUAACUGUGGAGCAGCUGUCUUCCUCAGUUAAGGGAAUUGAAAGCUUGGUAACAAGCAACGAGCGCAUUGGUUUCCAGUGUGGGUCCUUUGCUGAAAAUUAUCUGACUGAGGAGCUCAACAUACACAGGUCCAGGCUUGUCCCUCUCAACUCAGCAUCAGAAUAUGAGAGGGCCUUGAAGGAUGGACCAGCUAAAGGUGGUGUUGCUGCAAUAAUAGAUGAACGUGCCUACAUGGAGCUCUUCCUUCCUACCAGAUGUGAUUACGGUAUUGUUGGCCAAGAGUUCACCAAGAUGGGAUGGGGCUUUGCCUUCCCAAGGGACUCUCCCCUCGCAAUUGACAUGUCCACAGCCAUCCUAAAACUAUCAGAAAACGGUGACCUUCAGAGAAUUCACGACAAAUGGCUAACAAGAACUGCGUGCAGCUCUGAGGGAGCGAAACACGACAUAGACCGACUUGAGUUAAAAAGCUUUUGGGGACUGUUCCUACUUAGUGGCAUAGCAUGCUUCAUUGCUCUCCUUUGCUAUGUUACAAGAAUGGCCUACCGUUUCAGCAUACACUCCAAUACUAACCUUGAGGGCUCGUCACACUCUACUCGUCUUCGAUCCUUCUUUACCUUUGUGAGUGAAAGAGAAGAGGAAGACAACAUGAACAUUUCAAAGAAAAAACAUAACGAGAAGGGUUCUAGCAGAAGGGUGGCACAUGAAGAUGGAUUGCAUAGCUCAAGUGUUACUGUCCAUAUCGCAGAGCAUGCCUAAGGCACAUGCUGAGUGGAACCAGACAAAAUCAUGUUUUAUAGGUUUGUGAGAGAACUUGUUUAAAUAUUAAUAUAUUUCUCGUAAAAUAUUUACUACGA